AGCAGAGUUGCUCGUUCGCUUUGGUCCAUUUCAGAUUGCAUCUCUCCGACCUUCGCGAUGUCCAGCCCUUGGGAUUGCGUGUGCGAGUUCAUUCGCUCCCAGAGCGCGAACCUGCAGAGCAUCAUGGAGGGCCUGUCGAAUCAGCACACCAUCAGUGAUCUGGAUACCAGCGACACGCUGACCCUGAACAGCGGCAUGUCGCCCUUGCACCUCUUCAUGUUCUUGCUCCUCGCCGUCUGGGGCUUCCUCUACGUGAACGGCCGUCAGACUGAGCAGGCAACCAAAGCCAUGGGCGGCGGACCCCCAAGCGGCACUGGAGGCGCCUCCGGCUCCGGCGCCUCCGGCUCUGGGUCAUCGGGCUCCGGAUCUUCCUCCAGCUCUGGCGGGGCGGGAGCCGGCCACUGCGACUCCGAGCUGUUCUGAGCUCGAGGCUACCACGAUGCUGGUAGAUCAAGGAGGCCCAACGGCCUGAAGGGAUCGUAGUCCGAUCCUUUCACGCGAAGGAAGGUGAUGAGGUGAGUAGCAAGCCUGGAACUUGCAGCAGAUGCCUUCAGCCUUUGGCAUCGAGAGAGCCAUCUUUGCUAGAUGGUCUGUGCUGGCAGCAGUCUGUUUCGGCCCAUUUCCAAUUCCGCA